AUGAAGUCCUCGCAGGUCACUACACAAGGCGGCAUAAGCUGGUACGUCGAAGAAUUCUUCCCGACAGGCAACGCGCUGGAGGACGUCCCACCGAUAGUCCUUAUCCCGUCCGGUGAAGGAGACUGUCACAAUCUUCGCGAGCUAGGAGGUCUUCUGGGGAAUGCAGGAUUCCAUGCAUUUUCCUUCGACAUGCCGGGCUUCUCUCGCACGACCGCGCCUGUAGCAGCGUACUCUACGAUCACAGCAGGACUCCUGGCAAGCCAGAUUAUCUCCUUACUAGACGAACUCCACGUCUCCCGUGCGGCCUUCUUCGGCUGUUCUUCUGGUGGGCUUGCGAUGCUCGCUUUGGUUGCUCUCUAUCCCGAGCGUGUGCACUGUGGGAUGGUCCACGAAGUCCCUUUCGAAGCUCCCCCACAGCUCUUGGCAAUGACUCAGAAGUCGGACGAUGAAGUGUCCGCAAACUGCGAGUAUUUUUUCGCCAACUAUCUCAUCGAGCAGACCGACAACGACGGACGGGCGAAGUGGGAAGCGCUCGGUUCAGAGUACCAUGCCCGCUUGAAGCGGAACUACGUGACCUGGGUUCGCCAUUAUGUUGGCCAAUUUGAAGCCCAUAGUCUCGGGCUUGCGGCAAAAUUCCAGCAACGGCCAGUAUUCUGGACAGUAGGUGGAUUGAGUGACCCGAAAGCAUGGUCAAAAGAUUGGGAGGUAGCUACAACAGCUGGUGUCAGUGUCAGCACUGACGUCUUACCUUGUCUGCACUUUCCAGCCGUGACAGUCACGAAAAAGACGAGGGACUGGAUAUCAGGGUGCGUUGUGAGUGUCAAGCCGCAGCUUGGGGAAGGUGUAUCAAGUUUCGAGAAGUAG